AUGUCGGAACGAAAAGUUUUAAACAAAUACUAUCCGCCGGAUUUUGAUCCGUCGAAAAUCCCACGGGUGAAACUGCCGAAGAAUCGACAGUACACGGUACGAUUGAUGGCUCCGUUCAAUAUGCGCUGCGUUACCUGCGGCGAGUAUAUUUACAAGGGUAAGAAGUUUAACGCCCGCAAAGAGGACGUAGAAAAUGAAGACUACCUCGGCAUACGGAUAUAUCGGUUCUACAUCAAGUGUACGCGUUGCCUGCAAGAAAUUUCGUUCAAAACUGAUCCGCGCAACACAGACUAUGAAAUUGAGGCGGGUGCGACCCGUAACUUUAUGGCGCUAAAGUUGGCCGAAGAACAGGCCCGGCGAGCGGAGGAAGAGGCCCGCGAGGAGGAAGCUACCAAUCCGAUGAAGCUGCUCGAGAAUCGUACGCAACAGUCGAGGAAUGAAAUCGAGCUGCUGGAAUCGCUGGAGGAGCUGCGUGAUUUGAACCGCCGCCAGCAGGACAUCGACUAUGACAGUAUGCUGCAGCAGUUCGAUCGUACCGAGAGUAUCCGGGAACGUGAGGAACGCCAAGAGCGACAGGACGAGGAGUUUAUUAAGUCAGUAAAGUUCCAAAGCAAAUCCGGCGUGAAACGUGUAGCGACAGAAAUAAUCGUAGAAGAGGUGAAGGAAGAAGUCACAGAAAAAUCAACGUCCAUAGCAGCAGAAAGCAAUAAACCGAGUUGCUCCACGGCUACUGCCACUGCUUCAUCGACUGCCAGCAAGAGCGUUCCGUCGUUUGCAACCAGUAAAUCCCGUAAGCUGGACAACAUAAGCAUUGGCGUAAAAAAGACAGCCCUGAACAAUUUGGUCGUUAAGAAGAAGGAAAUGCCACCACCGAAAGCACCGCCCCCUGUGUCUGUAACGCCGGUGACUUCGGCUUCAUCGACUCAAGUCACACAAACCGGUACCGGUACUGGUGGUGGUGUCGGUGGCAUCGGUAGCUUAGGACUGCUCGGUGCCUAUUCGGACAGUGAUGAAGGAUCGGAUGAGAAUUGA